UCCCAUAACCUCUCAUCUUUUUUCUGUUGGUUAGAUUACUUCUCAAGCAAGGAGUAGGACCUCAAAGCUCCCAUCCUCAACAUUUGUUAAAAAACUCCCCACAAAACUCCAAAAACCAUUCCCGCCCUACAAAAAAAACUUAAUCACUAUUUUAUAAUAAUUAAAAACCAACAAAAUAUCUCUCAAAACGACACGUGGAUCGUCACUUCACUUUCAUCAUGCUCCUCUUAAUCGAGACAUACUUGAUAGCUUCACCGAAACACGUGUCCAACACGUCACCCCGCAGCUGUCCUUCCAGCCCCUGGACCCGCCAAAACGUCAAACUCAACCAGUCAAAUGGAAACAUCCCAAAAAGAGAAACUAGUCUUCUUACAUGAUCCACACAUACUUUUUUUAACUUAAAUAAAUAAAUUAACGGCUUCCCUUUCCCUUUCCCUCCUCCUUGUCCCAACCGUGUCCAUGUCGUAUAGUACUCUCUCUUCCCACCAAAUUGACACUUCAAAUUCGGUUCCCCCAUACUAUAUUUAGAAACCCAUCACCAUAACUUUUACUUCAAACCCAUCUCAUUUCCCCACAGCUAAUUGAACUUCCCCAAUACGAACCCAGAAAGAUUUAAUUUCGAGAAAGUCCCCCUCUUUUUUUUUGUAACGAGAUGGCGGCGGUUAGAGUGGCGGCGGAUUACCCGAAGAAGCGGGCUGGUCGCCGGGUUUUCAAUGAGACGCGGCACCCGGUCUACAGGGGAGUGAGGAGGAGGAACAACGACAAGUGGGUCUGCGAGCUCCGCGAUCCCAACAACAACUCGCGCCGGAUUUGGCUGGGGACUUACCCGACCCCGGAAAUGGCGGCCCGGACUCAUGACGUGGCGGCGCUGGCACUUCGCGGAAAAUCCGCGUGUCUCAAUUUCGCGGAUUCGGCGUGGAGGCUUCCCCUCCCGGUUUCGGCGGAGGCAGGGGAGAUCAGGAAGGCGGCUGCUCUGGCGGCGGAGAUGUUCCGUGCCCGUGCCGCCCCCGCGACGCCCAGCUGGGAAUCCGGGUCCGAUCAGGAUUUGGAUUGGGGCGAAGAUUGUAACGGUGGUGAGACGAGGGAAAGUUGUUGCUUUGUGGAUGAGGAAGAGAUAUUCGAUGUUCACGGGUUGAUCGCCGGGUUGGCGGAAGGUCUUCUAAUCCCUCCCCCGGCUUAUACAGAGGAAGCAGAGGAGAGCUGUUUUGAUCAAUUGGUUCUCUGGGAUUAUUCUUUUUAGAAUUGGUCGAAUUGAACAGUGUUCCUAUUAGUCAUUGGAUUUUUUGUAGCUGGGAACUGUGUUUGAUUUUGUCAUAGUGAUUCGUACAUUUGAUUAUACUUGUAGAUUUUGAUGUAAGUAUUCUCGGACAGUUACUCUCUCUGUUUUUCUCUAUUAUUGGAACAGAGGGAAGCAGAGAGCAGAGUGUUGUGGCAAAUUUAGAUUUGGUGAUGGGAUUUGUUGGUGUAACUUUCUGAAACAUUCCAAAGCAGAGAUGGUUUAGAGAUUUAGGACCCUUGGCAUCGUCUUUGAUAAGGUUUACGUGGUCCUUUUUCGACUUCAAUGUGGACUGUAAUGAUUGGAGUG